AUGGCUGAAAACGCCCCAGCCGAACCUCGGGUUAAGCCCACCAAGCCCGAUGAAGUGGCUUACAAGGCCAACCUGGCCAAGGCCGAGAAAGAGCACGCUGAGGCUCAAGAGAAGUUGAACCAAAUCAAGGCCAAACUCGACAGCGCGAAGCCGAACAACCAGGACUCGCCCACUGCCAAGCGGCAACAGGAACUCCGCGCUGAGCUGUCCUCCAUCCGCCAGAAGCAGCAGGGCUUCAAGUCUUCCCGGUCCAGCACCCAGGAGAAAAUCAAUGCUCUGGAGUCAACACUGAAGGCCCGCAUUGCUGAGCAGAACAACUCCCGUGGCAAGAUGUCUUUCAAGAACGUUGACGAGAUUGACCGGGAGAUCGCCCGUCUGGAGAAGCAAGUCGACUCUGGUACUUUGCGAUUGGUCGAUGAGCGCAAGGCUCUGUCGGAUAUCUCCAAUCUCCGCAAGCAGCGCAAGGGCUUUGCCAGCUUGGAUGAGGCUCAGAAAGGCAUCAACGAGCUGAAGGGGCAGAUUGCUGAACUCCGCAAGACCCUUGAUAACCCGGAGGCGAAGGCACUCAGUGACAAGUACAACGAGAUCCAGAAGGAGCUCGAUGCGAUCAAGGCUGAGCAGGACGGCGUCUUCAAGAACCUGAAUGCCCUCCGCGACGAGCGCACGAAGCUGCGCAAUGAUCAGCAGCAGAAAUAUACCGCUAUCCGCGAGAUCAAGGAUGCCUACUACAAGGCUCGUCGCGCCUAUAAGGAGUAUGAGGAUGAGGCCUGGCGGGUGCGCCGAGAGCGUCAGAAGGCCGAGCGUGAUGCUUUCGAGCGUGAGAAGCGCAAGAAGGUCGCUGAUAAGAAACUGGAAGAGGCCUCCCAGCCCGCCUACGCUGAUGAGAUUAUUACUGCUCAGGGUCUUAUUCGUCACUUUGACCCUACGUAUGAUUUCUCUCUCCUCGGUUUGGAAGAUAAGAAGGACGAGGGAAGCAACUUCCGCGCCGGUGUUGGCCGUACUGUUGAUGACGCCGGGAUCAAGGGCAUGAAGGUGGUCCGCAAGGAUCAGGAAGAGGAUUACUUUGUUGGAUCUGGUGGUAAGAAGGGCAAGAAGGGAAAGAAGGGGGGCGCUGCUCCCAGCGCCGAGACUAGCAAGUUCAACAUGAACGUUGGUAUCAUUGAGGACUUCGCUAAGGUUAAGAUCGAUCCGCCUAUGAACCAGUCGGAUGUCCCUGCCUCUGUGGAGAAGCUGGCCGCUAAGAUCACUGAGUGGAAGAAGAACCAGGCCAGCAAGACUGAAGAGAACAUCAGGAAGGCCAAGGAAGAGAUUGACCGCCUUGAGGCAGAAGAAGCCAAAAGCUCGCAGUCUAAUGACCGAAGCACCGACGCUGCCAAGAAGCCUGCUAAGGCCAAUGGUGCUCCUACUGCUGAGGCUGAACUCGCCCAGGAGAAGGAUGCCGCUGCCGAUGCGGCCGAUGAGCUGAAGAAGGCUUCCUUGGAAGACAAUGCAUAG